AUGCUGAGAAAGUCUACGAGAAGGAGCGGCAACUCCGAGAUCCGUUUAACCAGGACAAUGCAGCUCGUGGAUGGUAUCAGCGCACCACGACAGCCACAGGCAAGACCAUCACUGCAGGUGGAGGUGGGCCUCGUGUACAGGCCGGGUACGGACGCAGGACGAACCCGAAUGCGAACAACUUUCGCGGCAGCUUGGCUCGCAACGGGCCUGUGA